GAUCGAUGUAUUGUUACAUACCUAAAUACAACGCAAUAAAAUAUAAGAACCAGUUGUUUUGCCCUGAGCGUGUGUCAUUAUGAUAGACUUUCUUUUUCCACCUCCAGCACGUGUGUGACAUUUAAUAAGGCAGAGUUCGCCUGUGUGAGAGAAUGUUUGUCUCCUUAAAGUGGAGUUUUUUAAAGGAUAUUUUUAAAUUUCAAGCACCUGUCAUGAUUCUGAUAUUGGGAAAACGUAAACAUCAUGAAAAGGAACAUUAAGACGUUUCCUGACCCUAAUAAAUGGGUACUUUUCCACAGAGGACAUGGAUCUUAAUGAACUCUUCAGGGCAUAAAGCACUUUAACAACAAAGCAGGUGGACCUUAAAACAAGCCUGAAGCAAGAAACCAGAAACUCCAGUUCUCAUUAUGAUCAUCGUUUGGCAGCAAAACAGUCGUGUGUUCUCAUGCAGCCGUGCUUUUCACAAAGACAGCUGAGGGAACAGGACCUCUGGGCAGAGGUAAGAAGAUUUUGUUUGGUUUCACUCAAGUGUCGGAGGAACCUUUCUUGUGUGACAAAGAAACCUGAAAGAGUCUUAACUGGGAUAUUAACUCACUUUUUUACGUUUAUACUCAUUGAUAAUUCAAUUGUUGUGCAAAUAAUACUUUAUGAAGGAUUUUACUUGAUCCCUAUCACAUAUAAGACUAUUUUUCUGUGUUAAAACGUAAAAAUAUAAGUUAUGAACAGAAAUCUUCACCUCAGUGCAUCUUUUGGUUAGGAGCUUGUCUCAGUUUCCACAGAGGAAUUAGGUCAAUUUUAAACUUAUACUUUGUUCUUUUGAUAUUUAGAAGGUUUUACAGUUUUUAAGCAGCAAUGAUCACUUUCUAUGCCUUUUUUAUUUGUAAUUAUUUUGUUCAGGUGUGGUAUCGCAAUGUCCAAAAGCCAGAAGAACGGAGGUCGUGCAGUGUUUUAUAAACCAUUUACUGUUGCAAAAGAAAUCCGGUCUGGAUACUUGUAUAAGUCUCCUCCACAAAAACGGCUGAAGCCAGAGAGAUCAUGGAAGAAGCGCUACUUUGUGCUUUACAAGAUCAGUGAGCACGAGUAUCAGCUCCGGUACUUCAAGAACAGUGAGGAAAUGGGCAGCCCAAUAGGAGGCAUAGACUUGACACAAAUCUCACUGCUGUAUGGAAGCCCUCAGCAUCACCAGAAAUGGCCGUGGGUGCAGAAGACCUUCAAAUGCUCCCCCUCCUGCGUGCUCUACAUCAGGUCUGCAGACCGGGACUACUUCCUGGUUGGGGAGACCAGCACUGAGAUCGACGACUGGUUCACUGACCUGUAUGAAGCUCUGUCAAACCGGCCACAUAAACUCCUCAGCUCCGAGGAAAUUAGUAAAGUCCAGCCAACAGCUGAGGACAUAGGACUUGCAAGGGAAUCAAGCUCAAAAACCAAGGUAAUUUCCAACCCUCUUAAACGAAGCAAGACAUCUUUAACUGAAAACGACAAGGCAUCCUUCCUCGUCCAGCGAGACGACGURGUCGACAAUGCUGAAAAAAAGGAUCCGACACCUCAAACACCGAAAAUAAGAUCGAUGUCUGAUCCAUCCUCUAACGGUGUGGAUUUUGAGUUCGUCACACCAAAGGACGAUGAUUAUUGCAAAGUCAGGCGUGCAUCUGAGCCUGUGAAUCCAAUCUAUGACUAUCCCAGAUCGUAUUUAAAGCCAAAGUACAAGGAGAAAAUUGCAGGCCGAGCCUGCAGCCUGGAGUCACUAUAUGAAUCGAUGACAGAAUUUAAAUGUAACGAAUCAACAGCAGCUGACAUUGAAGUUGCAGAAUUUACCACUGGCACCCUGAUGAGGUCUAUCACUCAGGUCUAUGACAAACUAAAGACACACGUGUCGCCUGAGCCCAUGUCCCCUGUGCCCAUGUCUCCUCAAGAGACAGCUCCUGAAGACAGGGAAGACAAACGUCAAUCUUCGGAUUUCAGCAGCAGCUCCAGUGGCGCCAUUUCCCCCGUGGACACACUGGAGAGACAGGUGUACUCGCCGGAUAAACAAAGCUCCACAGAGAGCCUGGACGGUGCCGUGGCGGGGGAGAGGCAGUUUAAGGUGAAGCAGGCAGAUCUGAAAAAAGACCUCACACUGACAGAAGCCGACGGCAAACUAAGUGUGUCUGGUUGGACGGGACAGCCACAGUCCGUGUGCCUCUUCCACAAAGGAGAUCAAAUCCUGGCCAUAAACGACUUGCUCAUCAGCAACAUGGACGAGUUCAACGUGCUCCUCAGCAAGUCCAUCAGGAAGGAGGUGAUAGUGACCGUCGUGCGUCAGCAAGGAUGCCAGCCUCUGCAUCUGCCUAACUGCCCCUGCAGCGACUGAGACGUCUCCCUGCCUGCGCCAGCCUCUCAGUGGAGUUUGUACCAUAAUGUAAACUACUAACAGUAUUUGCCAGAACUGUUGUCACUUUUUAAAAUUUUGAUUAACCUGCCUGUACUUUGAGAAUUGUAUUAUGUCCUGUAAACAAACAUAUGUCUGUUUUGAUUUCUUGCAUGUUCAGCGUCAUGCCACUGAAACGUUCAUGUUGGCUUUACAGGAAACAAAAGGUGAACGCCUUAUUAGAGUCCGUGCCCUCAUAGCUUUGGUAUUUUGGACUGCCAGUUUUGUGGUGCAAGGUCCUGACUUUGAGGCAAAUGUAAGAGAAAUGUUUGUAUUCUAUAAGCUAAUUUGCUCAAGAGGUAAAGAUGCAGAGAAGUGCCUCAGAUUUUGGGUGGUUAAAGAGUCUGUGAGCUAUUUUUAGGCAUCUGCCUGUUCACAGACAAGGGGAAACACCAGCAAUCAGAAAGUGUGGUUUGAGGCACACCUGGGUAACUAACGCAUACGUCAUCCCUGCCCCGGGGACGAUGAAUCAUUUCCAUUCAGCUCGGCGUGUCUCGCCUGCGAUGAGACGUCCUUGUAAACCCAGUGAACAGGCUGCUCUGUAGAGCCACACAAACCUGCUUGUUUGCAUUUAUUUGACAGAGAAAAAAAAACAUAAGUUUUCAUAAAUAACCUGUAUUAUUUUAAAUCAGAAAUGGCUUGUAAAUAAUCGCUGAAAAGAAGAAGUUGGUAGUUUAUGUCAUCCCUUCCUCAGGGAGUUUAAAGUGAUGGCAGAAUGGUGUCACGCCUUAACGAUAUGUUUCACAGGUUUGUGUUUUUUUUAGCUCCCUUUGCUGAAAUUCUUGUUCCAGUGUUUUACAUUGUAUAGCUGCUAGAAUCAAACGGAGACCCAUCUAACUUCAAUCACGAUGAACCAGCCAGAUUUAAAACGGGGUUUAAAAAUGCCCUCGCCACAGUCUCCAGGGGUCAAGAACAAAGCUCUUAUUUCCUAAUAUCAAGAAACAAUACGAUCCGACAUGAGAGGAAAGGCAAUGAUAGUGUUUCAAGUUUUAAUGGAGUCCUAGAAACGGAUUAAAGACAAGUCAAAGUUAGAAUUCAACUGUGAUGUUCAAGCUGUGCUGUAUUGUAAAUAUGUUCCUUAUUUAUCUUAUCUUUAUCUUUGCAACGGGUGAAGAAAAUCUCAGUUGUUGUGGGAAAGUGAAUCUGUAAAAUGAUUAUGAAUAAACUUAAUUAUUAACAAUU